GUGUCCUUUGAAGAGGUGGCUGUGCAUUUCUCCCAGGGGGAGUGGACCCUGCUAAGCCCAGCCCAGAGAGCUCUCUACAAGGAAGUCAUGCUGGAGAAUUUUGGGAACGUGGCCUCUCUGGGACCUCUGAUUGCCAAACCUGACCUCAUUUCCAGGCUGGAAGGUGAAGAAGAGCUCUUUCUCCUGGGCUCUGGUGCAGAAGAGAGAGUGGCAGGUGGCAUGUGGCGGUCAGUGAAUGAAACAUCAGAGCAUUCAGUGAACGGAAAAGAGGAUACAUAUUCAGAUGUGAAAGGAAAGGCUGAAUAUUGUGAUGCCCUGAGGAAUGAGGAGAGGAAACAUCCAUCUAAAGGAAGGAGUAAUUUUGGUCUUUUACAGGGUGAAAAAGCUCAUAAAAUCCCACAACUUGAAAAAAUGUAUAUAGAAGGCAAUAGAAAUAGGGGUGCAGUAAAUGGGGAUUUUUUUUUUGAAAAUUCAGAUGUUAACAUGCAUUGCAAAUCCCGUAAAAGAAAGAAAAUAUAUAAAUGCCUGGAGUGUGGGAAAAGUUUCAGUCAUAAAGGACACCUGACUUCCCAUCAAAGAAUUCACACAGGUGAGAAACCAUAUAAAUGCCUAGAGUGUGGGAAAAGCUUCCAUGAUAGUGGAAGCCUUAACAGCCAUCGAAAAAGUCACACUGGGGAGAAACCAUAUAAAUGCCUGGAGUGUGGAAAAACCUUCAGUCAUAAAGGACACCUGACUUCCCAUCAAAGAAUUCACACAGGUGAAAAACCAUAUAAAUGCCUAGAAUGUGGGAAAAGCUUCCGUCAGAUUGGACACCUUGUUAACCAUCGAAGAAUUCACACAGGCGAGAAACCAUAUAAAUGCGUGGAGUGUGGGAAAAGCUUCCAUGAUAGUGGAAGCCUUAACAGCCAUCGAAAAAGUCACACUGGGGAGAAACCAUAUAAAUGCCUGGAGUGUGGAAAAACCUUCAGUCAUAAAGGACACCUGACUUCCCAUCAAAGAAUUCACACAGGUGAAAAACCAUAUAAAUGCCUAGAAUGUGGGAAAAGCUUCCGUCAGAUUGGACACCUUGUUAACCAUCAAAGAAUUCACACAGGCGAGAAACCAUAUAAAUGCCUGGAGUGUGGGAAAAGCUUCCAUGAUAGUGGAAGCCUUUAUCACCAUCAAAAAAGUCACACUGGGGAGAAACGAUAUAAAUGCCUGAAGUGUGGAAGUUUCAGUCAGAGUGGAAGCCUUAAUUCCCAUAGAAGAAUUCACACCGGGGAGAAACCUUAUAAAUGCUUGGAGUGUGGAAGAAGUUUCAGUUGGCGUGGAACCCUUAUUUGCCAUCGAAAAAUUCACAUGAGAGAAAGAAAGAAAAUAUAUAAAUCCCUGAAGAGCAAAAAGAGCUUCACUUGUAGGGGAAGCUUUACUUCCCAUCAAAGAAUCCACAUAGGGAAGAAGCCACAUAAAUGCCUGGAGUGUCAGAAAAGAUUUCGUCAGAUGCGACACCUUACUCGCCAUCGCAGAAUUCACACAGCAGAGAAACCAUAUACAAGCCUGAAGUGUGGAAAAAGCUUCAGUCACUGUGCAUCUCUUUAUUCUCACCAAAGAAUUCACACAGGUAAGAAGCCAUACAGCUGCCUGGACUGCAGAAAAAGCUUCAUUCAGAGUGGACAUCUUAAUCCCCAUAGAAGAAUUCACACAGGUAAGAAACCAUAUAAAUGCCUGCACUGUGGGAAAAGGUUCAGCUGUACUGGGAACCUUAAUUCCCAUCAAAAAAUUCACACAGAAGAGAAGCCUGAUACCUGCCUUGACUCUCAUUCCGAGAGAUCUGUUGAUGUUCAAAAUCAAUGGUUGCAAUCAUCAGCAGUGUGCUGGUUGAGGGAGAACAAGCUGGAGCUCAAUCCUGACGAGAAAGAGGCUCUCUGGGUUAGUCGAAAGGUUGACCAGUGGUGGAAGAUCCUUCUUGUCUUCGAUGGGGAUACGAUCCCCUUGAAAUGUCAGGCACGUGACUCCCGCGCCGCUGUUGCCACGGGAGACGCCGGAGGAGCGCGCCGCAGCCGGGCCGCCCCCUCGCAGACCCCGUUCCCCUCUCCCAGGAUACGCGCCAACCCCUCGGGGAAAGGGAGAGAGUCGCAACUCCUAGACGUGCGCCGGGUAGGGGGCCUGACCGUUUGGUAUCGCAGCAUAAAGACACGCUGGGCUGUUUCUCCACUGUCCUCUGCGUGUGGCGAAGUGAAACGACCAGCCAUGCAGCCAGCGCAGUCCCAUCAAAGGAUUCACACAGGGGAGAAACCAUAUAAAUGCCUGGAGUGUGGUAAAAGCUUCAGUCAGAGUGGACGCCUUAAUUCCCAUGAAAGAAUUCACAAAGGGGAGAAACCUUAUAAAUGCCCAGAUUGUGAAAAAAGUUUCUGUCAUAGUGGAAGUCUUACACGUCAUCAAACAAUUCACACAGGGGAGAAUCCAUAUAAAUGCCUGGAGUGUGGUAAAAGCUUCAGUAACAGACACAGCCUUAAAUUCCAUCAAAGAAUUCACACAGGGGAAAAACCGUAUAAAUGCUUGGAAUGUGGAAAAAGCUUCAGUCGAGGAUCACACCUUAAUUCCCAUCAUAGAAUUCAUACAGGAGAGAAACCAUAUAAAUGCUUGGAGUGUGGAAAAAGCUUCAGUCAGAGCGGACACCUUAAUUCCCAUGAAAGAAUUCACAAAGGGGAAAAACCUUAUAAAUGCCCAGAUUGUGAGAAAAGUUUCUGUAAUAGUGGAGGUCUUAUAUGUCAUCGAACAAUUCACACAGGGGAGGAGACAUAUAAAUGCCUGGAGUGUGGAAAAAGCUUCAGUGACAGACACAGCCUUAAACUACAUCAAAGAAUUCACACAGGGGAAAAACCGUAUAAAUGCCUGGAAUGUGGAAAAAGCUUCAGUCAUAAACGCAGCCUUAAAAACCAUCAAAGAAUUCACACAGGGGAGAAACCAUAUAAAUGUCUGGAGUGUGGAAAAAGCUUCAGUGACAGAGGCAGCUUUAAACGCCAUCAAAGAAUUCACACAGGGGAGAAACCAUAUAAAUGCCUGGAGUGUGGAAAAAGCUUCAGUGACAGACACAGACUUAAACGCCAUCAAAGAAUUCACACAGGGGAAAAAGCAUAUAAAUGCCUGGAAUGUGGGAAAAGCUUCAGAUGGAGUACAAGCCUUAAUUCCCAUCAAAGAAUUCACACAGCUGAGAAACCAUAUGAAUGCCUGGUGUGUGGAAAAAGCCUCAGUGACAGACGCAGCUUUAAACGCCAUCAAAGAAUUCACAUAGGGGAGAAACCAUAUAAAUGCCUGGAGUGUGGAAAAAGCUUCCACGGCAGAUGCAGCCUUAAACUCCAUCAAAGAAUUCACACAGGGGAAAAACCGUAUAAAUGCUUGGAAUGUGGAAAAAGCUUCAGUCGAGGAUCAUACCUUAAUUCCCAUCAUAGAAUUCAUACAGGAGAGAAACCAUAUAAAUGCUUGGAGUGUGGAAAAAGCUUCAGUCAGAGCGGACACCGUAAUUCCCAUGAAAGAAUUCACAAAGGGGAGAAACCUUAUAAAUGCCCAGAUUGUGAGAAAAGUUUCUGUAAUAGUGGAGGUCUUAUAUGUCAUCGAACAAUUCACACAGGGGAGAAGCCAUAUAAAUGCCUGGAGUGUGGAAAAAGCUUCAGUGACAGACACAGCCUUAAACUACAUCAAAGAAUUCACACAGGGGAAAAACCGUAUAAAUGCCUGGAAUGUGGAAAAAGCUUCAGUCAUAAACGCAGCCUUAAAAACCAUCAAAGAAUUCACACAGGGGAGAAACCAUAUAAAUGUCUGGAGUGUGGAAAAAGCUUCAGUGACAGACGCAGCUUUAAACGCCAUCAAAGAAUUCACACAGGGGAGAAACCAUAUAAAUGUCUGGAGUGUGGAAAAAGCCUCAGUGACAGACGCAGCUUUAAACGCCAUCAAAGAAUUCACACAGGGGAGAAACCGUAUAAAUGCCAGGAAUGUGGAAAAAGCUUCAGUUCGAGUACAAGCCUUAAUUCCCAUCAAAGGAUUCAGACAGGGGAGAAACCAUAUGAAUGCCUGUGUGGAAAAAGCUUCAGUCAGAGUGGACACCUUAAUUCCCAUAAAAUAAUUCACACAGGGGAGAAACCAUAUAAAUGCCUCGAGUGUGGAAAAAGCUUCAGUGAUAGACGAAGCCUUAAACUCCAUCAAAGAAUUCACAUGGGAAAACUAUAUAAAUGCCAGGAAUGUGGAAAAAGCUUCAGUUGGAGUAGAAGCCUUAAUUCCCAUAAAAGAAUACACACAGGGGAGAAACCAUGUAUAUGCCUGGAGUGUGGAGAAAGCUGCAAUCGCAGCAUAAAGACACGCUGGGCUGUUUCUCCACUGUCCUCUGCGUGUGGCGAAGUGAAACGACCAGCCAUGCAGCCAGCGCAGGGUCCCGUGUCCUUUGAAGAGGUGGCUGUGCAUUUCUCCCAGGGGGAGUGGACGCUACUGCGCCCAGCCCAGAGAGCCCUGAACAAGGAGGUCAUGCUGGAGAAUUUUGGGCACGUGGCCUCUCUGGGGGGCAUGUGGGAAUCAACGAAUGAAACCUCUGAGCACCCAGUAGUGGAUAAAGGGGAUAAAUAUUCAUAUUCAGAAGGGGAAGUUGAAUAUUGUGAUACCCUGAGGGAAGAGGAGAAAAAAUAUCCGUCUAAAGGAAGGAGUAAUUCUGGUCUUUUACAAAAUGAAAGUGUUGAUGAAAUUCCACUAUCUGAAAAAAUGUACAUAGAAAGCAAUAAAAAUGAAAGUGCAAUAAGUGGAGAAGAUUGUUCUGAAAAAUCAGGAAAAACCAAGCAUUGUAAAACCUGGAACAGAAAUAAAAAAUAUAAAAGCCUGGAGUGUGGUAAAGUCUUCAGGAAGAAGGAAAGCCUUAAUUCUCACCAAAGAAUUCAUACAGGAAAGAAACCAUAUAAAUGCCCAGAUUGUAAAAAAAGCUUCUAUGACAGCGAAAGUCUUACACACCAUCAAAGAAUUCACACAGGGGGAAAACCAUAUAAAUGCCUGGAGUGUGGGGAAAGCUUCAGUCAGAGUGGACACCUUAAUUCCCAUCAAAGGGUUCACACAGGGGAAAAACCGUAUAAAUGCCUGGAAUGUAGAAAAAGCUUCAUUGAUAGAUGCAGCCUUAAACUCCGUCAAAGAAUUCACACAGGGGAAAAAACGUAUAAACGCCUGGAAUGUGGAAAAAGCUUCAUUGAUAGAUGCAGCCUUAAACUCCAUCAAAGAAUUCACACAGGGGAAAAACCGUAUAAAUGCCUGGAAUGUGGUAAAAGCUUCAGUCGGAGUGGACACCUUAAUUCCCAUGAAAGAAUUCACAAAGAGGAGAAACCCUAUGAAUGCCCAGAUUGUGAAAAAAGUUUCUGUUAUUAUAAAAGUCUUACACGUCAUCGAAGAAUUCACACAGGAGAGAAGUCAUAUAAAUGCCUAGAGUGUGGGAAAAGAUACCAUCGGAGUGAACACCUUAAUUCCCAUCAAAGAAUCCACACAGGGGAAAAACCAUAUAAAUGCCUGGAAUGUGGAAAAAGCUUCAGUGACAGACGCAGCCUUAAACUCCAUCAAGGAAUUCACAGAGGAGAAAAACCGUAUAAAUACCUGGAAUGUGGGAAAAGAUUCAGUUGGAGUAAAAGCCUUAAUUCCCAUCAAAGAAUUCACACAGGGGAGAAACCAUAUAAAUGCCUAGAGUGUGGAAAAAGCUUCAGUCGGAGUGGACACCUUAUUUCCCAUCAAAGGAUUCACACAGGGGAGAAACCAUAUGAAUGCCUGGAGUGUGGAAAAAGCUUCAGUCGGCGUGGACACCUUAAUUCCCAUGAAAGAAUUCACAAAGGGGAGAAACCUUAUAAAUGCCCAGAUUGUGAAAAAAGUUUCUGUCAUAGUGAAAGUCUUACACGUCAUCAAAGAAUUCACACAGGGGAGAAGCCAUAUAAAUGCCUUGAGUGUGGGAAAAGCUUCAGUCGGAGUACACACCUUAAUUCCCAUCAAAGAAUUCACACAGGGGAGAAACCAUGUAAAUGCCUAGAGUGUGGAAAAAGCUUCAGUCAGAGUGGACACCUUAAUUCCCAUCAAAGGAUUCACACAGGGGAGAAACCAUAUAAAUGCCUGGAGUGUGGAAAAAGCUUCAGUUGGAGUGGACACUUUAAUUCCCAUGAAAGAAUUCACAAAGGGGAGAAACCUUAUAAAUGCCCAGAUUGUGAAAAAAGUUUCUGUCAUAGUGCAAGUCUUACAUGUCAUCAAAGAAUUCACACAGGGGAGAAGCCAUAUAAAUGCCUAGAGUGUGGAAAAAGCUUCAGUCAGAGUGGACACCUUAAUUCCCAUCAAAGGGUUCACACAGGGGAAAAACCGUAUAAAUGCCUGGAAUGUGGAAAAAGCUUCAUUGAUAGAUGCAGCCUUAAACUCCAUCAAAGAAUUCACACAGGGGAAAAACCGUAUAAAUGCCUGGAAUGUGGGAAAAGCUUCAGUCGGAGUGGACACCUUAAUUCCCAUCAAAGGAUUCACACAGGGGAGAAACCAUAUGAAUGCCUGGAGUGUGGAAAAAGCUUCAGUCAGCGUGGACACCUUAAUUCCCAUGAAAGAAUUCACAAAGGGGAGAAACCUUAUAAAUGCCCAGAUUGUGAAAAAAGUUUCUGUCGUAGUGAAAGUCUUACACGUCAUCAAAGAAUUCACACAGGGGAGAAACCACAUAAAUGCCUAGAGUGUGGAAAAAGCUUCAGUCGGAGUACACACCUUAAUUCCCAUCAAAGAAUUCACACAGGGGAAAAACCAUAUAAAUGCCUGGAAUGUGGAAAAAGCUUCAGUGACAGACGCAGCCUUAAACACCAUCAACGAAUUCACAUAGGAGAAAAACCAUAUAAAUGCCUAGAAUGUGGGAAAAGCUUCAGUUGGAGUAAAAACCUUAAUUCCCAUCAAAGAAUUCACACAGGGGAGAAACCACAUAAAUGCCUAGAGUGUGGAAAAAGCUUCAGUCGGCGUGGACACCUUAAUUCCCAUGAAAGAAUUCACAAAGGGGAGAAACCUUAUAAAUGCCCAGAUUGUGAAAAAAGUUUCUGUCAUAGGGAAAGUCUUACACGUCAUCAAAGAAUUCACACAGGGGAGAAGCCAUAUAAAUGCCUAGAGUGUGGGAAAAGCUUCAAUCGGAGUGGACAACUUAAUUCCCAUCAAAGGAUUCACACAGGGGAGAAACCGUAUAAAUGCCUGGAAUGUGGAAAAAGCUUCAGUUGGAUUACAAGCCUUAAUUCCCAUUAAAGGAUUCACACAGGGGUGAAACCAUAUAAAUGCCUAGAGUGUGGAAAAAGCUUCAUUUGUGAUAGUGAAAGUCUUACACGUCAUCAAAGAAUUCACACAGGGGAGAAACCUUAUAAAUGCCUGCAAUAUGAAAAAAGCUUCAGUUGGUGUGGAGGCCUUACUUGCCACCAAAGAAUUCAUACAGGAGAGAAACCCUAUAAAUGCCAAGAGUGUGAAAAAGGCUUCAGUUGGAAUAGAAGCCUUAAUUCCCAUCAGAGAAUUGCACGCGACCCCCGCGCCGCUGUUGCCACGGGAGACGCCGGAGGAGCGCGCCGCAGCCGGGCCGCCCCCUCGCAGACCCUGUUCCCCUCUCCCAGGAUACGCGCCAACCCCUCGGGGAAAGGGAGAGAGUCGCAACUCCUAGACGUGUGUAGCGUCUGCGGCAUCCCAGCCGCGUUUGAUCGCAGCAUAAAGACACGCUUGGCUGUUUCUCCACUGUCCUCUGCCUGUGGCGAAGCGAAAAGACCAGCCAUGCAGCCAGCGCAGAGUCCCGUGUCCUUUGAAGAGGUGGCUGUGCAUUUCACCCGGGGGGAGUGGACGCUACUGCGCCCAGCCCAGAGAGCCCUGUACAAGGAAGGGGCAUGUGGGAAUCAGCGCAUGAAACCUCUGAGCACCCAGUAG